UUGCCAGCGGGGCCCUGACGGACGUAGCCCCGCUCUUUGGCGUGCGGGCUUGGCCGUCGCGCUGGUCGACUCCCGCAGCGGAUGUGUACUAUAGUGCCCGUUUCGGUGGCCUGGCUGGGCACUCGCAGACGGUGCACCGCGGCGAGUUUCGAGCACUCUUGCUUGCCGUUCAGGGGUCGGCUGGCCCCACCCUGUACGUGUCCAACACCUUGGCGGUCUCCGAGGGCUGGGGGGGCAGGUACGACCAGGAGUUCGCGCGACGGCCGCGCAGCGAGUUCGUGGUCUCCCAUGUCUUCUCGCACAUUGGCCCCGAGGAGGCCGCAGCCCUCGGAGCCGACUACUGGGUCGUGCAGUGCAGCGCCGUGGCGGACACGAUCGCCAGGGUCGCCGCCAGCCUGGUGCGGCCUCCAGCGGAG